UUUAAAUGGUCAAGAGUGUGACUAUUUCUUUUUUCGAUCUGGUCAAAGACACGUCAUUCCGGCCCGGGGUUAGGAAUUCACAAGGGAUUUCAGAUUUCUCACUCGUAAUCUGGCCCGGAGAGAUUGCCGAUUACAAGUACCAUAAAUAGGAGAGUUCUGCACAGCAAAUUUGGGCAUCUCAGUUUUCACGAAGAUGAUCAGAAGCAAGUCAAGAACUUCUUUUCCACCUGCUGCUCUACCUUGCCCUUGGCUAAUGUUUUGUCAUGGACAACACUCCAAAACACAAACCUUCUACAGUGUAUCCAAUGCUAAUUUUUGUGUCAAGAGAAUACCAGAUAUCUCAGGCAAAAGAAUAUGUGCAAGCUUUCAUGAAUGGAUGGUGAUGGUAGACCGUUACUCCUCUGAUUGCUUCCUUCUAAAUAUAAUUUCGCUGGAAAAGAUGGAUUUGCCUCCGUGGGAAGACGUGCCAUAUCAAUUCUGGAUACUUUCUGCACCUCCCACAGAUGACAACUACAUUGUUGGAUUCAUUGGUGAAGAUAGUCAUUCCAUAACGUUUUGCCGCCCGGGUGAUGGCAAAUGGGUUGAGCAUACGUUUGAACCAGAGAUUGGAACUCUUCGCGGUUACACUAUAUGCAAGGGGCAAAUUUAUUGCCAUGGCUUGCAACAUGGUCAAGCGAAUCUUGUGAUACUAGAUAUUGUGGAUCAUAGAGUUGAAGUGAGACACGUCUUAAGAGGAAGGCCAGAUUCACCAGUAGUACCAGAGUUAUUUGUGAGCGUACCAUACUUUAUUGAAUCUUGUGAAGAGAUCUUUCUCGUUGAAAUGUUUAUGCUUGGAGCAUCAACGAAGAAAAUCCGAGACAUAGCUAUUUUCAAACUGGACUUGUCGUCUUUAAAAUGGGUGAAGGUGGAGAGCCUAGGGGAUCGCACAUUCUUCAUCAACAAAGCUACCAACUGCAUCUCGUGCUCUGCUACAAAAUCAGGUACUUUGGGAAACUCGAUAUACUUCACGCAAGACGACAAGGAAAGUAUGUACGUAUUCGACGUUGAGGAGAAGUGCAUCCAUGCCCUCUGUCCUUGUCCAUAUCUUGGUCAUAACGUUGCACAAAAACAGUGGGUGAUUCCCGCAAGGACAUAGUAGGAUCUCUAGUAGGGCAUAAUUGGAAUUGAUUGUUGCCAUUCUGUCAAAGUUAGAUU